AAGAAGUUAACCUCCGCUACACUGUGGGGCGCUGCGUCUUUACUUUGGUCUGUAAUACUCUACAAACAACGAGUGCGUUUAUGUUUGGUCACUUGAAUAGUCGUUUUGCUUUUUUUAAGUAUUAAUUCUAAAAGUCGCCUUGAAGCUUUUUAUUUAAGUUUGGCCAAAUCAGAUCUAAAAAGUGGAGUGACUUCUGGCGUCCAUCGCGGGACUGAGAGACGAUGCCACCAGGAGAGGAAUCUAAUGGAAUCAACCGUGUUGUGGACAACAUCUCUCAGCUUUCUCCAGAGCUGUUGGCUGAUGUUGGUCAGCACAUUCUGAUUUAUCUUCAAGGGCAAACUAGAGGGGUAGAUUCAGCUGAAAUUUCUGCUAGAUUUCAGAGGACUGGUGUCACGCAGGACCAUGAAGCUCUGCAGAACAUGAUUAGAUACCUGUUGCUAACGUUCAGGUCCGCUGGGAAGGGGAACCUCUCUGGGGAUGAGCUUGUAUCAAGGCUGGAAGGGGGAAGUGACAAGUGGCCCAAAGCUUCCCUCCAGGUGUUGCACAGGUUAUGGAGUGAACACGGUGCAUUGGUCCAUGCUCAGCAGGGAGUCCAGACUAUGCUCAGCAUCGGUCAGUUAGUGGACAUGCAGUGGAGGCUUGGGAUGGCAGUGAGCUCCGAUACGUGCCGGUCCCUCAACUCCCCAUAUGUGUCUUUACUGCUGAAGGUCGCUGAGCCCUCGGGGCAGAUCUGUCAGAGGUCUUUUGAGAUGACCAUUCCACAGUUCCGGAACUUUCACAAGCAGUUUAAGGAGAUGGCAGCUGUUAUGGAGACUGUGUGAUGGUUGCAGUCACACCUUGCCUGAAUGUUUGCCACGGUUACACGUCACCAAGGGGGAGAGCAGAUGGAUGUAGCUGUUCACCUGCCGGCCGUCUCACAUUCCACUUUCCACGCACUGCAGAAGCUUGUAAAUGAUUUACUUAAAAGGCCAACAGCUGUUUAAAGGCCAACAGCUGGUGAAACAAAUCAUACAUUCUUGCUUGAAUGCCUAAAUAUAAAUGUUCCUCUGACCAUUAACAGAGAUAUUAUUCAUUGAUUUAAAUUUAGGGAUGAAGUUCAUACCUACACUGUUAAUGCUGCAAAACACUGACUAAUACUCUAAUUGUGCUGCCUUGGUUCCCAUUCCACGCCAAAUUUCUAUUUGCCUUUGACUCUGUGCUUAAUAUUUUACCUUUUGUAAAAACGAUACUUAUAAAUCUGUAUAUUUUUUUGUAGCGUAAAACAUGAUCAGCCUCACUAUUCAACACCCUGCGUGUAACUUAAGAUAGUGAAAGUGUAAUGAUUUGUUUGAAAAGCUCGCACAGCGCUCUCACAUUCUGUUAAUGUCUAAUUUAAUUUAUUUUCACAUGGUGCAGUUGCGAGGAGGCGUCUGCCUCUUUCUGCUCUGGACCUUCUCUGGAUGUAAUGGAAGAAAUAAAUGAUGUGAACUCUU